UUAUAAAUACCAUCUCAAACCCCCAAUAGAGAACAUAACAAUCCACCUCCUUUUUCUCCCUGCCGAUCUCCUACUAUAAUAUCAGAAAUCACUACAGAACAGAACUGUGACAGCAAAUCUUGGCGAUAAUUUAGGGAUUCAGAAUCGGUUUUUUCACGCCUCAUUGUAUGAACUUUCGGAUUUAAUUAUUUCAAAUGAGCAUUGAACCAUUUAAUCGAUUGGUGAAACUUGCGGCUAGAGCUUUUUACGAUGACAUUACGACUAAAGGCGACAAUCAGCCCAAAUCCGGCAGAAGUGACAAUCGAGGAAUUGCGGUGGUUAUUUUAGACGCACUCACAAGGCGGCAAUGGGUGAGGGAAGAAGACUUGGCAAAGGAUUUGAAGUUGCACACAAAGCAACUCCGGCGCACCUUGCGUUUCUUUGAAGAAGAAAAGCUCAUCACGCGGGAUCAUAGGAAAGAGGGAGCAAAAGGUGCAAAAGUAUACAAUGCUGCAGUUGCAGCUACUGUUGAUGUCCUGCAGAAUGGGAAAGAAGGAGAUGACAAAAUAAAGAUGCAUACUCAUUCUUAUUGCUGCCUGGACUAUUCUCAGAUAUUUGAUGUCGUGAGGUACAGACUACACCGAAUGAAGAAAAAGUUAAGAGAUGAGCUGGAUAACAAAAACACAGUGCAGGAGUAUAUAUGUCCCAAUUGUGGGAAAAGAUAUACUGCGUUGGAUGCAUUGCGGUUGGUGUCCCCUGAGGAUGAGUACUUCCACUGCGAAAGUUGCAACGGGGAACUAGUGGCAGAGAGCGACAAGUUAUCCUCUCAAGGGACUGUAGAUGGGGAUGAUAAGGAUAGGAGACGGCGUCGCGAAAAAUUGGAAGACAUGCUUCAUAGGAUGGAGGCACAACUCAAACCGUUGAUGGAUCAACUUAACAGAGUAAAAGAUUUACCUGCUCCCGAGUUUGGAAGCCUUCAAGCGUGGGAAGUGCGAGCCAAUGCUGUGGCCCGAGGUGCAAAUGGAGAUAAUGCAAAUGACCCUUCAAAGUCAGGACAAGGAUUUGGUGGAACACCUAUGCCUUUUGUUGGAGAGACGAAGGUUGAAGUUGCUUUCUCUGGUCUUGAAGAAAAAGGAGAUAUCAAAUCUGAGAUUUCAGCUACACCAAUGAAAGUUUUGCCUCCAUGGAUGAUAAAGGAGGGAAUGAAUCUUACAAAGGAGCAGCGUGGAGAGGUCAAGCAAGAGUCCAAUAUGGAGGGUAGUUCUGCUGCAGCGGGGUCAUCUGAUGACAAGAAGUCCAUAGAAACUGAGGACGUGAAAAAUAUAAAGGAUGAAUAUGUUAAGGCAUAUUACGAGGCUCUAUUCAAGCGACAAAGAGAGCAAGAAGAAGCUGCCAAAAGUUUACAGGAAACAUCAACUACAGAUGGAGUGGAUAACACCUCUACUGAGCGCCAAGUCGGCAUGAAAGCCAAACGUGAAGAGGAGGAUGAAGGAGAGGAUAUUGAAUGGGAGGAGGCCCCACCUGCAGGUAAUAAUACAACUGGAAAUUUCAAGGUUAGCGACUUGAAUGUCCAAGCAGAUGCUUCAGGAGAUGACAAUGAUGAGGAAGAUGACAUAGACUGGGAGGAAGGUUGAUGAUCAAAGUAAUCCUGAUGCCAUGGAUUACUUCAGGAGUCUAGAAAUGAUGUUACCCAUGCAAUGGCUGGAGAAGAAAAGGGGAAAAGGGGAAAAGCGGACGGUACAACUGUGAGAGAAUGAUUAAGCUAUGUGAGUGCGACAGAACUAGAGAAAAGUAUUUAAGGCAAAAUGGUCGAAGCCGGCAUAUGGGUGUUGUCAAUGGAUGCUCUAUCUGGUUUCAUCUUUCUCGAGUUAUUAUUCUUUAUGAAAGCAAUUUUAGGUGUCGUUUUGUUGUUUACAUAAGCUUGCUGGAAGUGGGGUGUGGUUUUUUUUGUCGAAAUGGAUAUGGCAAUUGCUUUGGAUGACGGAAAUAAAAGGAUUAUUGAGUGAUCAAUGUAAUACUAACUUUAGGGUAAACAAUCUUCUCGUGACACUCUAUUUUAUAUCUUCCUUGUUUCCAUUUUCCUAAGCAAUGAUUUUAGGGGUACCGGAUU